CGAGCAGAGCUGAACAGUCUUUGAGAAGUGGAGAAGCAGAAAGCAGACAUGCCGGGUAAGAAGAAGAUGAGAGCCGCCAGAGUGACUGAUUACGGAGCUCCGUCUGUCAUCAAACUGAGCAAGGACGUGAGCGUCCCUCAGCCCGGCCCCAAGCAGGUUCUGAUCCGUGUCCACGCCUGUGGCGUGAACCCUGUGGAAACGUACAUCCGGGCUGGGACGUUCGGAGAGAAGCGCUCCCUGCCCUUCGUCCUGGGCACUGAUGCUGCCGGAGUGGUGGAAGCUGUUGGAGAGGGAGUCACUGCAGUAAAGGCAGGUGAUCGUGUAUUCACCACAGCCACAGAGUCUGGAGCUUAUGCAGAGUUCACUGUGGCACCAGAGGCCAACGUUCACAAGCUGCACGAUGCUUUAGACUUCUCUCAGGGAGCGGCCAUAGGGAUCCCAUACUUCACCGCCUACAGAGCUCUGGUUCACAAAGCCCAUGCCAAACCUGGGGAGACUGUCCUCAUCCAUGGAGCUAGUGGAGGGGUGGGCGUGGCCACAUGCCAGCUGGCCCGAGCUAUGGGCCUCACAGUUUUGGGGACUGCAGGGACUCCGGACGGGAUGAAGCUCAUCCUCAAAAAUGGAGCUCACCUGGCUUUUAACCACAGAGACAAGGGAUACACUGACAAAAUCACGGAAGCCACUGGGGGCAAAGGUGUGGAUGUGAUAGUGGAGAUGCUGUCCAAUGUCAAUUUGAAUACAGACAUCCAGCUGGUGGCGAGGGGCGGGCGCAUCAUCGUCAUCGGUGCCAGAGGACCUGUGGAGAUCACCCCCGUGGACACCAUGAUCAAAGAGUGCAGCAUCAUAGGAGUGGUCAUUUUCUACGCUACGCCGGAGGAGAUGAAGGAGAGCGCAGCUCUGUUCUUCAGGGGCAUGGAAGCUGGUUGGUUGCGUCCUGUCAUCGGCUCUAAGUAUCCGCUGGAAAAGGCGGCGCAGGCCCACCACGACCUCAUUGAAUCCCCUGGAGCUACUGGGAAAGUCAUCCUGACCAUGUGAUGACAUGUCACAGGUCAAAGGUCGCCCACUUUGGUUCAGAGGUCAUUCCACCCUUCAAAGAUGUUCAAUUGCGUACUUUGAAUGAAGUGUUGCACUCCGCAAAACGAUUAUAUGAUUAGACUGAUCAUAGCCCAUGAAGUUUGUUUUUUGAUCAUAAGACUGCUACUUAUGUGUACACAUACCAUGUAAUAACUUUGGUGUAUUAAAAAAAAGUAUUUCAGAAAGUUAAUAUCACAUGAAUAAAGAAUAAAUAACA